AUGAAGUUCAUUUUUGCGGCUCUGCUUGCAACCUCUGCAGUCUCAAUUCAAUUAUGUUCUGCCUUUCCGGCUUCCGGUUCACCACCAUGUGCAGAUGGACAGAAAAAUGUACAAGCUCAAGCUAAUGCUCAAGCUGAAGCUCAAGCUCAAGCUCAAGCUCAAGCUCAAGCUCAAGCUCAAGGCCAAGAUCAAGCUCAAGCUUAUGCUCAAGCUGAAGCUCAAGCUCAAGCUGACGCCCAAGCGCAGUCUCUAGGCGCAUCUUAUUCAUCGUCAGUUGGACAGAGUCAAUCUGCAUCUCAGGAAGUAAAUGCUCUAUUUUCUCAGGGACGCUAUCAAGGAGCGGAAGGAGGAGAUUCCAAACAGAAAGGAAAGGCGGAGAAAGGAGCUGCAAAAUCAACUCAGGCUAAAGCUCAGCCGCAAGCCGGAGGUAAUGCAUCACUAGUUGGACAGAAUUCUGAAGAUGCUGCAGCAGGAGGUGAUAAGAGCGAUGCAGGAAAUGCUCAAUCAUCUAAAUCUGAAUAUUCUCAAGGAGUAGAUGCUGAAGUAGCACAAGGAGGAAAUGCUCAACAAAAAGGAAAGGAGCAGAAAGGAGCAGUAAAAUCAUCUCAGGCUCAAGCUCAGCCUCAAGCUGGAGCUAAUGGAUCAUCAGCUGGACAGAAUCAAGCUAAAGAUGCUGCAGCAGGAGGUGAUACAAAAGAUGCAGGAAAUUCUCAAACAUCUAAAUCUGACUCUUCUCAGGGAGUAGAUGUUGAAGUAUCACAAGGAGGAAACGCUCAACAGAAAGGAAAAGAGCAGAAAGGAGCUGCAAAAUCAUCUCAGGCUCAAGCUCAGCCGCAAGCCGGAGGUAAUGCAUCACCAGUUGGACAGAAUCAAGCUAAAGAUGCUGCAGCAGGGGGUGCUAAACAAGAUGCAGGAAAUUCCCAAACAUUCGAGUCUGACUCUUCUCAGGGAGUAGAUGUUGAAGUAUCACAAGGAGUAAAUGUCCAACAGAAAGGAAAGAAGCAGAAAGGAGCUGCAAAAUCAUCUCAGGCUCAAGCUCAGCCUCAAGCUGGAGCUAAUGGAUCAUCAGCUGGACAGAAUCAAGCUAAAGAUGCUGCAGCAGGAGGUGAUAAACAAGAUGCAGGAAAUUCCCAAACAUCCGAGUCUGACUCUUCUCAGGGAGUAGAUGCUGAAGUAUCACAAGAAGUAAAUGUCCAACAGAAAGGAAAGAAGCAGAAAGGAGCUGCAAAGUCAUCUCAGGCUCAAGUUGAUUCUCAAGCUGUAGCUAAUGCGUCGGCAGUUGGACAGACUCAAAAUAAGGACGCUGGAGCAGGAGUUGAUAACAAAGUUGGAGGAAAUACUCAAACAUCUCAGGAAGUUUCUCAGGAAACAGCGGAAGGAGCAGAUGCUCAAUCAUAUCAGGAAAAUGCGCGAGGAGAUGUAUCAAAUGCUCAAGCUGCAGAGUGUGAAAAGCAUGCAAAAUGUAAAAUUGCUAAAAAAUUGAAACAUGAUAAAAAAAUCCAGGAGGCUAAACAAAAGAAAGCUGAAAAACAGAAAAGAAAGAUUGAGCAAGACAAACAGAAGGAAGAGGAAAAGGAGAAGAAAAAAGCCGCGCAUGACAAGAAAAAGAACGCCGAACAAGAGAAAAAAAUGGAAGCCGAACAGAAAAAGAAAGAAAAGAAUGCCAAAAAAAAUGAAAAGUGCGAAUAA